AUGUUCCGAUUGCAGACGCUCCGCCUUGGAUGUGCGGGGCCAUUCCGUGCAACAGGGGCGCGUCUGCUAUGGUGGGGCUACAAGGAGCAAGACCUUCACCGUCUUGCCCGUCAGCGGCCGUGGUGGGAGAACGCGGCCAUCUUCGCUGGACUCUUGUGUUUCAUUCAGGUGACUAGCAUCUGCUACUACUUUGGAAAUCGUUGGUACCAGGCUUUACGGCCCUCCGGCAACAAUAUUUACCUAAACAGCGCAAUGGACACAAAGGUAUUCUCAAGGCCUGACUUAUCGGUGGCAAUGGUGCGCAUGGUUAUUCACCACGCACUCUCCGGCGCACAGACACCAUUUGGCGCACCAAUGGUUUAUCCCGAGUACCUGCGCCCCGAGGCAGAGGAGCUGAUGGAGUUCAUCCUCCAACUACACCGUGAGCAGCCUAUGUUCACUAUACCCGACCUCUGGGCGAUGUUGUCGGCGAAGGCACUCGCUCGCCUGGGUGGGCCGAGCAUCACAGUACGCCGUGGGAGGCCACACCCGCCGAGCGACCUGGCAGAGGACCAGCUGUUGGUCGUAACACCUUCCCUCGUUCCUGAAAAAAAACGGGAUGUGCUCAGCAUGAAGCGGCUUCUGGCGGGGCAAGGCUUCUCUGUAGAAGAAAUUGCUGGCAUCAUUGGUGGUAUUCGCAAUAUUGGAUUCCAUGAAAGCUUUGGAUUCCAUACAAAAGCAGAGGUAAAGCCGCAGAUGCGCCGGCAUCCGAGUCUAAUGGGCCCUGAAGAAGAUAUUUUUCAUCUACCUGAAACACUGGAGAAGUGUACCUUGGACCCCUAUGUGUUUGGCGGGGAGUACUUCGAUCUUCUGCUGGAUUACAACUGGAAGCAGGGUGGCUUUCUUAAUCGCCGUAGUGGUCUCUUUCGCUGCGACGAGAAGGAUCGGAAACGCGAAGUCACACUUUUGGAUCCAUUUUCAGAACAGGCUCUUAUGAAAGAAAGAAAGCGCCUGUUAGCGCAAGAAAAAGCACGUGAGGCGGUGGAACGUGCAUCACAAAAACGGGAGAAACUGGAUGACGCUGAGGAGGAAUCCGUAACAGGCCGUGUAGGCGAGGCGCAGUAUAUACCUGGCGUGGACGACAAUGACGAUGCCGGUGAUGACGCAGGAGACAUGGGAGUUAUGUUGGAGGUGCCAGAGUUCAAGAGUCCUUGUUCAAAUGUCUCGAUGCGGGAGAUCGACAUGUUGCUCUUGGAUGAUGCUCUCUUGACGGGUUGGUUACACCGUUUUAGCGCCAAUGAGAUUCAGUUUUAUAACGUCUUUGGUAACGUUAUGGAGAAAAUUCAGUCGCGUGGCUACAACCUUAAUUCUCUUUACACACCAACAUGA